CUCCCGUCCUAUGUGUGUGAAGAGUGGAGAGAGAGCCGCCGCAACACGUACUCUCGUCUUAGUAUUUAGUUUCCCUACGUCUCUCGAUUCUGAUUGAAGAUCCACUCUGCGCAAAGGGGAUUAAGUGAAUCGGUGCAUGAAACUGUCGAUUGCGUGGGACUGUCGAUUGCGUGGGAGAGUCCUAAAGCUUUGGGUGUCUAGUGUUCGGCCACACCAAGGAGAACGCGAUGAACGAAGACAACGGCGUGCAGAUAUCCUUCGACGAUGAGUGCCGCAUUCGUGUUCUGGAUCCAGAACAAUUCAAGCACUCCGAGAUACUAGAAGAAGAAUGCCGGGUAUUUGUCGACAAGAUCCGAGAAUUCAAUGCCUCAGUCCACACCAUCGUGGAGGUCUUGCACGAGAACGCAGCACGAAUCGACAAGGAAAAGCUACGAGCUAUUGGGCAACGAAAUAAGGUCGAGGGGGAGCUAGAGUAUCGUCUGCGACAAAAAGCUUCUCUCCAGACAUUGCUCAGGGAAAAGAUGCUGGAGCUGGAUCGACAGAACCUUCAGUACCAGUCUCUUUUGAGGAUCGAGAGCGAACAGCUAGCCUUGAUCGAGCGGCUCAGCAACAGCGAAACACUCACAGAGCAGGAAGCCCCGCGCAAGUGAAUUGCCGGGCUCGCCAUAGUUCUUGAACAUUGUUGUAACCGGUGUGCGGAACGCUGAACUUGGUCUUUUGCCGCUGUACGAAUGUGGGGUGCCGCUCUGAGUGUAUGACUGCUCAGGGUUCGGACGUAAAGCAAUUGCACUAGUUGAUGGGUUGUGGGAGACGCUUUAUUUGAAAGUAAAGCUUGUUUUGGAUGCAUUAUUUUAGAAGCAGAUGCACACAAGACAGUCUAAAACGGCAGAGCAGGAGGAGACUUUCCGUUGUUUUGGAACCAAUGAAUGCGUUUGUCAGCGAUCUGGUGCACGCCUUCGCCGACGGGGCUACGAUCUCUAACUUGACACUCUCGAAAAUGGAAGGUGGUAAAGUAGGGCAUAUGUGUCGCGCUUGACCCUGUGUUCAAUAAAUCGUUGAAAACAAUCGAGUAAGA